AUGUCAAAGUGGAAGGUGUUCUCUUCGAAAGACAAGGAGAAGGAGAAGAACAAGCGCAAGUCCAAUGAGACAAACCCGGACCUCCUAAGACCAUCCGACGACUCUGCAUAUGGCGGCAGUGAGACCAAUACCUCGCUGAAUACCGAAACCUCACCGAUUGCUUCUAAAAGCCCAGUCCCAGGCAACUCGAGCAAUGGCGUCAAUACGAUAACCAAUACGAUGAAUGAGGGUCCAUCAUCGUACACAAGCCCGACCAUCAAGCGCGAGACGCUCCAUAACCCAAACACGGGACAGACUACAACGACUACAACGACCACAACCACGACCACGACAACUAUCACAGGGCCCAACGGAGUCACGUCCACAGUCGAGGAACCUCGAGGGGCCACUGAGCUACCAACUGCUAUCGAACCUUCCUCUCAGGAACCACCGGACGAAGGCAUUCGACCCCAACGGCGAAACUCAGAGACUCCAGGAAAUAGAGUCAUCCCACCCCGCGAUCCAUUACCGCCUCAGAGUCCAGGCAAUGGAGUUCCCGACAUACCAGAUCGUAGCGGCAGGCGGUCCUUUCCCCCGCCGCCUCCAGUGCCCACAGACAACACACCUCCCAUGAAUCCUCGAGCGUCAUCACGAAGCCCCUCCAGGGCUACUGGGCAGAACUACGCAUACCCAGGACGCAAUCGGCCAGCGGAGGAGAGCUACGCGACGCCAGAGAAAAAGCAGAAUGGGGGUUCUACAUUACAGGACCUGAAGACGGUAGCCGCUGGACUCCAUGGUGCCGGUGAAACUCUCCGCGGAACGCUAAACUCGACCGUCGACAAGCGUUUCCACGGCCCCGACUCAAAGGCCAUGGAGAAGAACCAAGCAGCGAUCGAGGCCGGCCGAUACGAGGUCGCGAACCGUCGUUUCUAUAAACCAUACAGGCCUGAAGACGUCGGACAGACGGCCGGCGAGCAGCCGCAGGCGGCGCAUAACGGGAACCCAGCGCAGGGCUCGCCUCCCAAACAGCAGCUGCAAGAUGAAGCCUCGGCCGCCGAGGGUGGACAUGCAGCGUGGACCGACAAGAUCCCGAGUAGGAGACUUGGCAACUUCAUCAAUGUCAGUACGAGCCGCCAGGCGAGCGGAGAGCCGGACCUAAAAGACCCGGCGGCACCGCGGGAGAGGUCGAGGCUUAGGAAGCGCAGCGGAUCUGGGCUGGGGACCGUCACAGAGUGA